GAAGAAGAAGAGGCUGCGCACGACUUGUGGUUGUGUGUUUACAUCUGUGUUUCUCUAUAGAUGUACACUUAUUUUGGGCAUGUCGAAGAAAUAUACCACACAUUAGUCUUCGCUAUUUAUCCGAGGGCUGUUGGCGUUGUAUCAGUUAAAUGCUGCACAUGAUGACCACCGAGCCUGCCAGCCUGGAGAGCCUGCGUGUGCUGUACCAGAGCGAUGACUUCAUCGUGGUAGACAAGCACUGGGACAUCCGCAUUGACAGCAAGAUGUGGUACGAGAAACACACCGUGCAGGCGCAGCUUCGACACCGCUUCCCUCAGCUGGCAGAUCCCAGCACCUACUAUGGGUUCAGGUUCUGUCAUCAGUUGGAUUUCUCCACAAGUGGGGCUCUGUGUGUUGCCCUCAACAAGGCUGCUGCUGGCCGUGCUUACCGCUGCUUCAAGGACCGCACUGUCACCAAAGCGUACCUCGCUCUGGUACGUGGCUGGGUGGAAGAAGAGACACAAACUUUGGAUUUCUCCAUUGGCAAGAACUCCUCAGAGGGAAAAACACACAUGAUGUGUAUUGAGGGAACAGAAGGUUGUGAGAACCCCAAGCCAUGCCAAACUGAGCUGACAGUGUUGGAGUACGGGUUGUACGAUGGAGACCCUGUCACCAAGGUUCUACUGCAGCCACUCACUGGCCGAACCCACCAGUUGAGGGUCCACUGCAGCGCAAUAGGCCACCCCAUUGUCGGAGACUUCACCUACAGCUCGGGAGCAGACGAUGCUCCCUACCGCAUGAUGCUGCACGCCCACCUCCUGCGCAUUCCCCUUGAACCUGAGCCCCUGCUGGUCACUGCUGGAGACCCCUUUCUCCCCGCGGAAGAUACCAAGUGGCUCCCGCAGCGCUCAUUAAGGACACUGGCGGCCACUGUGGAGGUGCUGCUGGAGCAAAAGGUGGAGGAGGACAGGAAGAUCAAAGAGGAGAAGAGAGAGAAGGCGAGAAGGGAGGAGGAGAGGAGGAAAGGACUGCGGGAACAGAGGACUAAGGAGGAGAGUGAGGAGCAGAGGAGGCAGUGUCAGGAGUGGCUGUGUGAAUGGGCUGGGGACUGAUGAGUUGUUAUUUAUUUUAAUUUAUUUUAGCUGUUUACUAAUGAAGGCCACGUUGAGCAUGCACGCUCUAUCUCACUGAUCACCUGCGUUACAUUAAAUAACAUAAAUGGAAGUGAACCAGCACUUUAAUUUCAUUACAAACCAGCUACAAACACAUUAGUAACAGCCUGCUCUCACACCCAGGGCAUAAAAAAGCUGCUUAUUCAGUGGCCCUCUGUGUCAGUCUUUCAGUCAACUCCAGUGUGAACUUAUUAGUGUCAUUAUUAUAUGUUCAGAGCAGCUCAGGGCAGGUGGGAGGGGAGGUGGACGGGUCCAGCAAGUGUAGGACUUGACCCAGGAGACCAGUGUUUGUGUCCCAUGUGAGAUUAAGGAUGUUUUCAUACUAGGUACGAUUGAUUCGACCAUCUUUUUAAGUGGACUCAGGCACAGAUUGGGGUACCAUGCUUGGGUACGGUACUCAGCAUUCACACAAAUCAAAAGAACUGGAGAAGAAGACAAGUUUACUUGGAUACUGACCUGAGUCCCUAAUAUGAAAGCCCCCUAGAGAUCAACCUUGAGUUAUUUUGUCACGUGACUGUCAACCACGAUCUUUUCCUAACCCUAUCCAAGUAAUUUUGUUGCCUAAACCAAACACCCAGCUCUUUCUUAGUCACGUCAAUCGACUCACAUGACUUACCGCUGACCCACUCUGCGUCAAGAUACAGCGCAAAAGCCUGGGGGCUUCUGCCCAGGUGUCAAAAUAUGACGAGUGGGGAUGAGAUCACGCUGUUAGAAAAGACCUGUGAACAUGUAAGCUGCUGCUUUCUUAAUUCAAACAACUGGGAGCUGCCCAGUCUGACCAGUCUUGUAGAGAGAGCCAGUGAACAGGUCCACCACAGUAGCUGAGAAAUAAGUGCCUUGUUGAUAAGUGAGGGGUUGGGAUGAUGUCAUACAUUUUUCUAAUACACAUGUAAGAAUUUUAAAGUGGAGAGUUUUCACAUGGCGUUACUAAAGAUGGUCAGAUGACUCAACUCUUAAAGGGGAGCCUGCGCAGCAGAAAUUGUUUUUGUCUAUGUCCAAAUGUCCAAGUGUUCGUUAAUGUUUGUUGUCACAUAACGCUGCAUGCCUGUAACAUACAUGGAAUCACAUGUAACAGCAUAUAGAAUACUACACUGUAUGCUUCUGUGCAUUUUGUUUCAUUGAAUCAAACUGUUUUAAUGUAAAAAAAAGUAUUUUAUGUCAGUGUAAUAAGAAAUGUCUACAAAUAAAUCUAAAUGGUUAA